CCGCACAAGUUUGAAACAUAAUUAACAAUACAUAACUACCCGGCGAUUAAAUUUCGCGGCCGAGAUUGACACAAAAAAUGGCGACGGUGACAGAAUCGUUGCCGUUCAGCAUAUUGGAAGAAGACGAGAGCUCGUGUCCGUCGGACGCCGUGGCGUUCGUCGGAAUGUGCUUGGUGUUAGGAAUCGCAUGCAGGCAUGUGUUGCGUGGUACCAGAGUACCGUACACUGUCGCUCUUCUAAUUCUCGGCGUUGCUAUCGGUUCUGUAGCAUUCGGUACACACAUUAAUUUGGGCAAGAUUGGGGAAGGCAUUCGAAUUUGGGCAGCAAUUGAUCCUGACCUUCUAUUGGCUGUUUUUCUUCCUGCCCUUCUUUUUGAGAGUUCAUUUUCUAUGGAAGUCCACCAAAUAAAGAGGUGUAUGGUUCAAAUGAUUAUACUAGCUGGCCCAGGUGUUUUGAUAUCAACCUUCUGUCUUGGAUCUGCUUUGAAGCUCACUUUCCCUUAUGGCUGGACAUGGAAAACAUCAUUGCUGUUGGGGGGACUUUUGAGCGCUACUGAUCCCGUGGCUGUUGUUGCUCUAUUGAAAGAGCUUGGUGCAAGCAAAAAACUGAGUACAAUAAUCGAAGGAGAGUCCAUGAUGAAUGAUGGGAUAGCAAUUGUGGUUUAUCAGCUAUUCUAUCAAAUGGUCCUUGGAAAGAGCUAUGACUGGGCGGCCAUAAUUAAAUUUUUAUCUGAAGUUGCAUUUGGAGCUGUAGGUAUUGGUCUCGCUUUUGGUGUAAUAUCUGUCCUGUGGCUUGGGUUCAUUUUCAAUGACACUGUGAUAGAGAUCACACUAACAGUGGCUGUGAGCUAUGUGGCGUACUUCACUGCUCAAGAGGGUGUUGCUGUGUCUGGUAUUUUGACGGUGAUGACUUUAGGAAUGUUUUAUGCUGCGGUUGCAAAGACGGCUUUUACGGGUGAAAGCCAGCAAAGCUUACGUUAUUUCUGGGAAUUGAUUGCCUACAUUGCUAAUACAUUAAUUUUCAUAUUGAGCGGAGUUAUUAUCACUGAAGGUGUUAUAGAUGGUGAUGAUAUUUUGGGAAAUGGAAGAUCUUGGGCCUACCUUGUUCUACUGUAUGUUUAUGUACAAAUUUCGUGGGUCAUAGUUGUUGGAGUAUCAUUCCCCUUUCUUCGGUAUUUUGGCUAUGGUUUAGAUUGGAAGGAGGCUAUAAUCCUCAUAUGGUCAGGUCUGCGAGGUGCUGUAGCAUUGUCACUUUCACUAUCCGUUAAGCGUACUAGUGACAGUUCUACGCUUCUCAGUUCCGACACAGGAGUCCAGUUUGUUUUCUUCACUGGUGGAAUUUUCUUCUUGACAGUUAUUGUGAAUGGUUCAACCGCGCAAUUCCUUUUAAAAUUUCUAGCAAUGUAUAGGCCAUCAGCAGCUAAGGUGAGAAUUCUACAAUUUACUCUGGAUUGUCUACACACUCCAACUUUUUGUCAUGUGUCUAAAACCCUUUCAAAUAUAUAUUAUAACUUCGACGUUAGUGACUUCUGCACCAUUUUUUCAUGA